AUGUAUAUGAGACAACGCCCCGCCGCAUCCGCGCGUGGCGCUGCCGUGAACCAGCCUCGACCGCCACCGCCGUUGAACUCUGUAUUUAACAUUAUUCCUGUUCACGACCUCCUCAUAGAUCAUCCUUCUCUCCGGUAUCCAGAAGUACGCGCCGCCGCAGCAGCACUCCGUAGCGUCGGAGACUUACCAAAGCACCGUUUCAUGGCGUGGGAACCGGGCAUGGACCUUCUAGACUGGCUCCGGUUACUGUUCGGGUUUCAGAACGACAACGCAAGGAAUCAGAGGGAGCAUUUGGUUCUUCAUCUUGCAAAUGCUCAGAUGCGGCUUGAACCUCCUCCUGCUAUAGUUGACUCGCUUGACGGAGGAGUUUUACAUAGGUUUCGGAAGAAGCUGCUUCAUAAUUAUACUGCAUGGUGUUCUUAUCUUGGAUUGAAGUCUAGCGUGUUGCUCUCGCGCCGCCGUCGUGAUCCGACGGAUCUUCGCCGGGAGUUGUUGUAUGUUUGUCUUUACCUUCUAAUUUGGGGCGAAGCUGGUAACCUUCGGUUUGUUCCUGAGUGUAUUUGUUAUAUUUAUCAUUUCAUGGCGAAAGAGCUUAAUUUGGUUCUUGAUGAGUUUAUAGACCCUAAUACUGCUAGUCCUUUUUUGCCUACGGUUUCGGGUGAUUGUGGUUUUUUGAAGUCUGUUGUUAUGCCUAUUUGUAAUACUAUUAAGGUUGAGGUUGAUAGUAGUAGAAAUGGGAAAGCUCCACAUUCUGCUUGGAGGAAUUAUGAUGACAUUAAUGAGUAUUUUUGGAGUAGGAGAUGUUUGAAGAAACUAGGGUGGCCUUUGAAGUUUGAGUCUAGUUUUUUCGGGACUACGCCAAAGGUUAGGCGCGUCGGGAAAACUGGGUAUGUUGAACAGAGGUCGUUUUGGAAUAUCUAUAAGAGCUUUGAUAGGCUCUGGGUUAUGCUGAUUUUGUUUAUGCAGGGUGCUAUUAUUGUUGCUUGGGAGGAUACUAAGUAUCCAUGGCAAGCAUUAGAGAGAAAGGAUGUUCUAGUCAAGAUGUUGACUCUGUUUAUCACUUGGGGUGGUCUUCGAAUACUUCAAUCGGUGCUUGAUGCUGGAACUCAGUAUAGUUUGGUUACUAAAGAGACUGCUUGGCGUGGAGUAAGGAUGGUGCUCAAGAGUUUGGCUGCUAUAACAUGGACGGUUUUGUUUGGAGUGUUUUAUGGAUUAAUUUGGAUUGAGAAGGGUUCUCAUCGGAAUUGGUCUGAUAAGGCAAAUGAGAGGAUUAUUACAUUUCUUAAGAUUGUCUUCUGCUUUCUUUUACCAGAAAUGCUGGCAUGUGUAUUAUUUGUAAUACCGUGUUUACGGAAUUUCAUUGAGGAGUCGGACUGGAGUAUAAUAUACUUGUGGACGUGGUGGUUUCAUACCAGGAUUUUUGUUGGUCGUGGUGUGAGACAAGGGCUUCUUGAUAAUGUGAAGUAUAGUUUUUUCUGGAUAGGAGUAUUAGCUUCAAAAUUUUCGUUCAGUUACUUUCUUCAGUUCAAACCUCUAGUUGCUCCUACAAAGGCCCUAUUGAAACUUAGGGACAUUAAUUAUAAAUGGCAUGAGUUUUUCAAUAACACCAACAGAGUUGCAGUUGUUUUGCUAUGGUUACCUGUUGUGCUGAUAUACUUCAUGGAUUUGCAAAUAUGGUAUUCGAUUAUCUCUGCCGUUGUUGGUGGUACGAUUGGUUUGUUCUCACAUUUGGGUGAAAUUCGGAAUAUCUCACAACUAAGGCUUCGGUUCCAGUUCUUUGCCAGUGCAAUGCAGUUCAAUCUGAUGCCAGAGGAGAAGCUGCUAAGUCAGCAGGCAACGUUGCUGAGGAAGCUUCGCGAUGCCAUCCGUCGGUUGAAAUUACGAUACGGACUUGGUAAACCCUUCACAAAAAUUGAAUCAAGCCAAGUGGACGCCACCAGGUUUGCUUUAAUAUGGAAUGAGAUUAUCAUAACUUUCAGGGAGGAAGAUAUCCUUAGUGAUCGAGAACUAGAACUCUUGGAACUGCCACCAAAUUGCUGGAAAAUUAGGGUAAUUCGAUGGCCGUGUUUCCUUCUAUGCAAUGAGCUACUACUUGCUCUCACUCAGGCAAAAGAGCUGGAAAAUGAGUCUGACACAUCACUUUGGUUGAGGAUAUGCAAGAGGAAAUAG